AUGAUUUUGAUUAUAGCCCAAGUAAAAUCUCUAGAUCAUCAGCUAAUAUUAGUUGUAUGGAAAUAUAGUUGCUCAGCAGAAGCAUACAUGGACCAGAACUGGGAGGGUGCCGGUACUGGAAGGGGUAGGAAAAUAAGGGUUUCCUUCGACAAAAAAGGUAGAAUUAUCGACAAAAAAGGUAGAAGUAGAGAAAACUCAAAAGGUAGAAAUCGAGGAAAGUAGGAGCCUUAGAGAACCAAAAAAGGUAGAGGAAGGGUAGAAAAAGACGCAAAAGUGGCUUGGCAGGACGUCGCAGCAAGAGGACGAAGGGCGACCACCAGAGGCGACUUGAGGGCACGCUGCUCGGCAAGCAUCGAAGGCGCAAUGAAUGACUGAAACAGAGCGCACCCGAAGCGAGCAGAGAGAAUCAACGCGAGAAGCAGCAGAAGCGAACGCGCGAGGGGAAGCUAAGAGCAACUAGGCGGAAACACGCAGACAACAACCGCGUAUCUGAGUGGUUUUGGUGACGGAACCCCGGAGGUCUUUCGAAACGCACCGCGAGGUUACGAAUCUCAAACCGGGGACCACAGAGACAGCGCAGGAGCCGAACGGCGAAUCACCCUGAAGCAAGAAGCCAACCCAAGCGCAACGCGACGACUACAACACGCGAGGCAGCGCGCCUGCGAAUCCGCGUCGCAGCAGUGCACAAGCGACCAAGCAGCAACUCCACGACAAGGCCAGCAGAAGCAUCAAAAACGUGAGCAAUUCAUAAGGGGCGUCAAAGGAAGCGAGGCAGCCACAAAGAAACAUAACACAUAGCUACUACGGAUUAUAGAGGCGCGGGAGGGAGUAAUACUUCAUGUAUCAAUAAGUAGGGGAAAGUAAAAAUCUUACUUAUGGAACAAACCUACAUACCGUCAGCCACACGACGCGCGCUACCGGGCGCGGUAGCAGUUGGGAGGGGGGGGGCAGCGGGGACGGGGCUCCACCAACGCCCCGCCCCGUAGUGGUCUUCCCAGCGCGAAAGCCCCUGCACCACUCCCGCCAAGAUUAGGUCCGCUGCGUGGGGGGUAGGGGGAGGCUCCAGUGCGCAAGAAAGGCGGACAACGGAUGGGGGGGGUGGGGGUCCGGCCAAACGUGUCCAUGCUCAGGCAAAAGAACGAUAAGAAGGCGGGGAGGGCUCUGAGGCUGAGCAACUGCACAAAGGACAGGGGCGCACACUGGAGCGGGGGUGGGCCUGAAGGGCUUCGCAGUUAUAUCUGCACAGGGGGAGCAACGAUCAGAGAUGAGAGAGAGCGGGGCCAAGCACUCACACACAAGAGAUCGAAGCACGCGAAGAGAAGCACGCGAAGAACGCGGCGGGGGAACUUCAGGCGGCAGAAGCGUCUCCCUGACUGCGCACGGGUCUGGAUACUGGGCGCGACUGCACUCAAAAGUGAACACGGAAGAGCGUGAAGCGUGCAAGCGAAGGACGAAAAGACGGGCGCCAGGCUGAAGACAGCACGAGCGCCAAAAAGAAGAGACACACCGAAAGACUGCACACAUGAGCAGCACGCAGGAGAUCACGCUUGUUGCGCAGCCGCGCACAAUGGGCAAAGGAAGGACGAAAGACGAAGAGAGCGAGAGAAGCUUACGCAAGAUCGCACGCAACAGCAAAAAACUUCGAGAGCCACCGGGGGGCAAAAAGUCCAAAAGAGGGCAAAAAGGCAAAAACGCGGGACAUCCAAGAAGCAGAGAGAGACGACCCGGGGGAACUCUCCCCGCGGCGAAUGAACCCGAGCCCGAACCUGAGCCAUGUCAUACUUCAUACCUUUCAAGAGGAUGCGAGGGAGUGUGCACCUUCUCGAGGGCGUCCCGCUAAAUACGGCAACCCCCUAAGGAAGCCCCGCUCUCUGGCGGGGCAACCGAUAGGUCGCCUCGGGGCGUUUCCCCCCCGAGGGUCCCACCUCAUCCGAGGGGCGUUGCCGAACGUCAUCAGCAGAGAGGGGUCGAAGCUCUCUACCAACAACCCGACACCACGCCACCCCAAUUCGAUCAUCCCCGUCGAAGAGCCCGGCCCCCCACCAGACCUGACGACGGCGACCCCGACCGAUCCCGCAACAGAAGCCACAGAAAGCAGCAGCCUCCGCUACGUGUCACACCGAGCCCGGCGCCACAAUCUGAUCUACGCAUCCCGUUAGGUACUAACCUAACGGCGAAAGGUAUGAAGCGCCGAGGGAGUGGGAAAGAACUCCCCCUGGAAUUUGCUGACUCAUCUCCUUGUUCGGGGGUGGCUCCCCCCGCGACGUCUCUUCUCGGAGGCGUCCCCCACUGUGCAUGCGGUAUUGUACUCCUGACGCGGGGGCUUCUCAUCACGACAGGAGAUUUUGGGCCGCAAAUGGGAGCCGGUUAAAGUGGGGCAACCUCCACGCAGAUCGCACAAAAGGCGCUGCGCCCCACCGACUACCUGCAACAAGGUGGCCAGCCCUGGCGGUAGUCGGCGCGAUAGCUUAAGACUCGAACGCAUAUGGGGGUGCGUGCGAUCACUCAAGCCCCAGGCACUUCCGCGCAACGAUGAGCCCAAGGGGUGGAAAACUCCCCCCCUGAGCCAUCGAGCACGUAUCGAGCCCAGCCAAGACGCCGCGGGGUAGAUCGUCAACCAUGAAAGAGAAGAGGAAAAGCGGUGACUGAAGGGAAAGGCAAAAGAUAGAACGAGCAAAAAAUAUGCGCAAAGCGUUCAAAGAAAACAGUCAGAGAGGCUGAGCUACUGCGUGCAGCAGCCGGCUCACCUCCACGACGAGAGUGCGACGACAUUCAUACGACGGGACGGAGCUCCGCGCGCGGAGCAAUGAAACAGAGACGGGCGCGCAAAUUGCCCACGAUGCCACGCACUUCACGAACAAAGAAAGAGAAAGAGAGCAGAGAGAACGCAAAGCGGCGCAGCUUAGGCCGGCGCGAGUCCCGGAAUCAGCGACGGGAGGGGGCAUCCACUCAGAUUGAUCCCCUUCGAGUCAGCUCGGACAAACCUAGCAGCAUCCUCGAGGAGCAAGCGUGUGCGAACCUGGAGAAACGGAGGCAGCAGUUGCAAAGUCGUCGCACAAGGCUCCCCGCAUUGAGAUAACGGCACAAGGGACGCAUGUGCGGCAGUAUUUUCCUUCAACGUUAGCCAGGUGUUGCCCUGGCGUGUUCGUGUGCCGACAAAAGACAAAGUUAAGACAACAGCGGCCGCGCGAGGUUCUUCGCCGGUCCUCUUGCGACUGGAAGCGGGUGAGCUGCCAGACGGUGCACUGUUUUGCGCAGUUUCGAGCAUUGACCGCAGCAGCCUCAUCGUGAUAGACGUCGAGGGGGGGCCGCGGGUGUAACCAUACACGGAGGCAGCCACAUAAUGCCCAUAACUAUGAAAAGCGAAAGAAUAGCCGCGACUGAACCCCCGCACCUGAACGAGAAUGCCUUCCACUGUCGUGGUGCCUGCCUUGGCCGAGGCGGAGCGAAAUGCUGCAGGAAGGUCGCGGAAUUCUGUCGGGGUAUGCUCUUCAACCGAUCCGAUGACACAUGUCGAAAGUUCAGCGCUCCACCUCGGAGGGCCAUGAAUACCGUCAGCGUUUACAGCGCUGCGCGCCGAAGACAUCGCCACCGAAGUGCCCAAAGACGACGCACUCGAAGAGACCGGCAGCGGGGGGACAACCGCUGGGGCCCCCUCGAUGCCAGCUGACCCCCCCCCCGAUGCUGGAAAGACACCACCGCCCCGCUCGGCCGAGGGAUCCAGCUCGCAGGUGGCAACGCUUCGCCGCACGAGGCGGCGGCGCGUGGAAACGCUGGCGCCAUCGAUUCCCGCCGCUGAGGCAUCGCCCAUCGUCAUUGUCGAGAGGACCAAGGUCGUGCCUUCUAUCUUUGCCACCCGGUAACCGCGGUCCCACUUUGGAGGCCGAAUCUCCCCCGCCGAUAGCUUGGCACGGACGUGGGUCUUCUGAGUGUUCAAAAUCUUAACCGCGGCGCCGACGGAGAAGCGCGAAGCCUUUUCCGUCAGCGUGGCCCGCUUGUCUGUUACCCACCGAUCGACACGCUUGUCAGCGCAGUGGGUAGCGUGUUCAGUCGCUUCAGAACGGAUGUCAGACAGCGUAGCAACAUGCGCAGCGACAACAUCACGCGCGGGAGACUUUUUGCAGCCGUGCGUGGCGCUUUCCGUCGCUUCGGAGCGGAUGCCAGUUAGCGAAGCAACAUCCGCAGCAACAUGCGCAGCGACUGCAUCAGGCACGAGCAUGGCGGGCGCCUUCACUUCUUGCGGCGCGUCAGCAGGCGGGGACCGAGAGCCGGCAGAGACCGCAGAAGGCAAUAAGCUCGGACCCGACAGACAUGGGGCACCCGCUUGCUCCCCCGGCGAAGUUUCUGCCUGCUCAAUGGGAGGGCCAGGCACACUUGCGUCGAGAGCAACACCCUCAGCGACAGCCGCCGCGUCGAUACCCAGAGAUUCUUCGAGGACACGCUGGGCACGACUAAACACUACGCCGCCCCCCAAGUACUCAUUUGGCGCGACACCGAUCGCCCACGGCUUGGGGGCGUUGUUAUAUCUGGCCUCCGCGGGCUUCAAACAGUCCGCCCAACUAUCACCAGGGCGCUCCGACGUGACGACUUCCAGAAUUGGAAUAAACUGCUUCCACACAACUUCCAUGGCGCCACUUUCUUGAGGGCGUCCCGGCGAUAUGAAAUCCACCGGGGCGGCCCAGUGGUCCAAGAUGAUGGCAAGCUCGUUACCGUUGUCAGAGUCCACAUGACGCGGAAGCGCCUUCUCAUCUUCAAAGGGCCGAUAAGCGAGAAACGUCGAAUGGGCAUCAUGGCCGCCGGCGGCUGCGACCCAAAGGGCCUUGGCACUGCGGCACACAGCGCCACAAAUCGCCACAGCCGACCCAGCGAAGGGGUGCGUACUGGUAGGCUUUACCGAACAGCGCGGCAUAGUCUUGCGGUCGAUGGCGAUCGCAGCCCACGGCGUGCCCCGCAGCUCAGCAGGCACCGAAGGCGGGGGGACUAACGUUCCCGACGUGUAAGAACGUCUGACAGAGGCGCUCGGCGGUCUGCAAGACCUACUCGCGCAGUGCGGGCACAUUUCCAGCACUUUCCCUGUUACUCUCGCCAAGUUGAAUCCCCAAUACCCUUGCUGGAGAACCGCUCGGACAGUCGACUCCCGGCCGCGGUGUGUUUCAGAGUGCACCUGCAUGAUGACACGGCGCAACUCCCCUUCGUCCUCGAUGACCCUCACCCAACGCGGGCGGAACCCUGCACGCUGCAGAAAAUAUUGCAAGGCAGGCGGGUUCUCGUCUCGGACUCCUUGCGCUACCACCCCCGCAGCCGCCGGAUCCAGGCGGAAGCUUUUCUCAUGCUUUCGCCACCAUUGUCUCCGCUUUUUGCUCAUCCUCUGGAGCGGGUUUGAUAAUUGCCGCUCACUGCCAGCCUGAUGAAGCAGCACCGCCCUGAUUUCUCCCCAAGCUAGUGCCAUCGGGCGCCGGUUUUUACGCGAGGACUUUUGUGCGCCGGUUUCUUGCUGACCUUCGACCCGCGGGCGCUUUAAGGGUGGCUCUGGGGGGGCUUCUUCCUCUUCCCCUUCCACGCUCUCCGCAAUCUCAAAGGGCGAGCUAUCAAAGUCAAGACUUGAAGCACCGUCCGCGCGAUCAGAGCUCCUCGGCGUGCCCCCGGGGGUGCCAUUCUCUUCGUCGCUAGCCGCUGCGAUUGCGUUAUACAGAGCGUCGCUUAAGGGGUCCCGGUUGUUGCUUUCCCCUGCGCCGCGCGUCACAUCCUCAACGAAGACGAUCUCCCCCCGAAAAUACCGCACAGAAGUGCAGUAGUUUUCUGCGGUUGCCUUUGGAUUCAAUGACCCAACGACGCGACCGAGCUGGUUGCGCCUAUUACUUGCUUGGUCACCUUGAAAGUCACGAUAGAGGGCAUCACGCUGCGAAUUUGCCAACGCAUCAGAACGAUAGCAAAGCCAGACUUGAAAACCAUUCCGCGAGGUCUGGGCUACCAGCCAUGCGCCUGCCAGGCGUGCCCGCGCACAGAGGUCAUCCACUGAGCCCGUGUAGUCGUCCACGUCUAUCAUCGUGUAAGGACAAUCCACAGGCCGCCAAAACAGAUGCUUGCCCGGAUGCUCCCCGAAAAGGCGACCCCACCACGCCGCAUCUAAAUACUCUGCCGCGGCGACGUGCAAGGUCCGGGCUCGGUGCGUCUUGUCGAACAUAAUGACAGAGACCUCCAACCGCCCGAAGAGGGUGCCUAACAAGUUCGCCAUUCCUGUCUCGGCGCUCGAGCCUUUUCCCGCUGGGGGGCCACGGGGGACGUCGGUUAGCGGACCAGGGUCCGCCACAGGCGCCCUGCUGCUCGCGAUCCGCUCACCUGCGUCCGGCGCAGUGACUGCCGACCGGGUCGGGGCGGCUUCUCGCGAUCGACUGGAGGCGCGGGGCGGUUUCUCUGGCUCAAGCUGUCGCGCUAAGAGCAUCCCGUGACCCUUCCCGCAGACUUUCUCCGCGAGUUUCUUCAGAAUUGCCUCCUGCCUCACGCUCCAAUUAUUAUACUUCGGGAGGUCCUUCAAGAAAGACCUCUCCCAAUCAUUGAGGGCCGCGGCCGGCGAAGUGCUCCGGUACUCAAGUAGCGGGCGCACGACAGCCCAGCCCGCGCGAAGAACCCCGAGGCGGGCUGACAACCUCGACCACACCUCCGCGCGGGCAGGGGUGCUCGCAACGUCUUCAGGGUCCUUGUCAGUCAGAUACUCUAACUCCCACGGAGUGAGAUGAGGGAGCAAAUGCUCCUCAGGCAAGAACACCCGCAGCGCGGUGCGCCGUGGUCCGGGAUCUCCUUGCCGCUCGCUCGGGGCACUCGUGUCCGCAUUAGCCGACGCGAACUCCUCGCCCCGCGGCUCUGCUUCAGCCGCGACAACGCGCUUCAGGUCCUCCAUCCCGAGGCGCUCGGGGGGUAGGUUUCUCCGAGUUUUUUCGCGUCUCUUCUCGGUUUUUUUUUGCUCGCCACUCGGGGGGGGGGGGGGGGUUGGUCGCUGCCAAGAGAAAGGGCAAGAUCGGCGCCACGCGUUUUUAUCGCCUUGCAGGUGCCACACAGGCCCGAAGCAUUCGAUCCUUCACAGCUGCAGGCGCGAAGCUGAGACUACUCCACAGGCGACCGCGUAGGCACACACAAGCAGGCGCUGCACUUGAAAAAAUUAGGAGGGGGAGCGCACUGCGGCGCGUGGCUCGUGCGUGCUGCUUGGUGCGUCGGCUUACUUCCUGCCCCUGGUUUCAGUCGCUUCACAGCCUAGCCCACGAAGGCGCGCAAGGCCUAAGACUAGCCUCCUCUCCAGUUGUCGCCCCGAAUUUAACCGAAGGAAGGGGAAUGCAAGGCGCCCAACGAGGCACGGCGCUGGUUCUUUGAUGAGUAUACUUAUAAGCACGGCCCUAAGCGUGCGACCUCUCGCAGCUGGUGCGUGGUCACAAGAGGGAGAACGCGAAGCCGCGCGCAGGCGGGAAGGGCUUGGCUUUGAAUGCGCGCGCGAGAGCUAAGCAAGGCGAGAGCGCGCCGCGGCGCCAGAGUAUUACCCGCCGCGUGCGUGCGUCGGCUUUUUACUCCUGGCCUCGAGAGCUUUGCAGUGAAGGCCGCUGCACCUCCUUACACGACCUAAAGAAGCCCGCUCGCUGUCGGUUCUCUGUGUUCUUUCCUUUGUUUUUUCCCGGGGGCGCUCUAGAAGGCGCGGGGGCUGUGCCUCUCUCGAGACAGUCUGAGGCGUCCGACCCUUCGCAGCUGGUGCGUGGUUGUAGAAGGAUCAACGUGGAGCCGCGCGAGGGCGGUACGGAGGCGGGAGUCGAUUGCGAUAAGGCGCGCCGACCUCUCACAAGUGGCGCGCAGUCGCAAAAAGAUGCCGAGCCGCGCGGAGGCGGUAAAGGCUUCAGCUACGAUAUUAGAGCGCGCCGCAGCACGUGUGGGCUGUUGCGUCGGCUUUUUCCCUUCUUUUUGUGUCACUUUUCUGGGGGUUAACAGGCUAAGCCUGCAACACCUGGGGGGCGCCUCCUUUGCGUUGGCUUUUCCUCCUCUUUUUAUUUUUACACGAUCCCAGACGGCCCAGAUGGCGCAGCGUUUUCCCCUUGGUUUUUCUUUUCUCUGUGUUACACACGCGCGAACGACCCAGGGGGGCCCGCUUUCCUCCCUUUUUUCUUUCUUUCCCCUGUAUCUUUUACAGACUCCCGAACGACUUAGGGGGCCCGUUUUCUUCCCUUGGGUUUUCCUCUUCCCUAUCUAACUAUUUUACACAGCUCCGAGAAGCUACUAGGCUAGACCAGUCCUAUUCAGAUUAGCUACUAGCUACCCUCCCGGCCUUAUUAAUUUCCGAAAGUUAUAAAAUCAAAAACAAAAAAUCCCAGCGGCUGGCUGCCUCGCUUUUAGUUGUUCACUUGGCUCCUGCGUAGUUGGUGAAAGUGUGAGAGGAUAAAGACAACAAGAAAGGCGAUGCCCGCAAAGUCUAACCCCUCAAAGAGCCCAAGGCAACAGAGCGACACAAAAGAGACAGACGCCGGCCCCGCUCGUUAUUUCCUUCAGACAAAAACAGACAACCCGGCGCCGGGCUCCUCUCGGCGUUUCCUCAGCUGUUAAAACACACAGACACCCGAACACACUCAGAACAGAGGCGCGCGGGCCUUUUUUCUCUGUCUCGUAUCUCUGCGGCGCUCGUUGGAAAGCAGACACCCACACACACACACACAGAACAGAGGCGCGCGGGCCGUGUUUCUCUGUCUCGCUCUCAUGUGCGCGCGGGCGCGGGGGCUCUCGUGUCUCUCUCGUGUCUCCGCCGCGCUCGGCUUCUCGUUUGGCUUGCGAACACGCACCCGACAGACAUGCAGAAAGACAGACAGACAGAGACACACCCACACACACCGAGGCGCGCGGGCGCGGAUGGCCUUGUUUCCCUCGUGUCUCCUUUUUUUCCUCUCGUGGUCGGGUCCCUUAUUUUUCGGGCCCCUUCUGAUACCGCGGCCCCAGUUUUUUCCGGGCCCAUGUUGGCCCCAGUAUUUCCGGGGACCCGGCCAGAACUAUAAGGAACCCCGCGGGAAAAUAAGGACCCGGGAUUUUUGCGGCCCCUGUCCGCUUAAAGGGGGAAAAUCCCCGGGGCCCUUAUAAUACAGGGGGCCCAGUUUUUCCGGUCCAUACAUGAACAUAUCAUGAAACUACAUAUUGUAAGUGACUACACAAAUAGCAUCAACAUAGGAGUGUUAGAGCAUAGAACUACGUCAAUUUUAACCUUAUAUUUUUAAUAUUUAUAUUUUGAGGCUAUCGCUUUGUGAGUGGAAGAACCAAAUCAGAUUGAAGCAGCAUUGCUCUUGAUACAGGUCUCCGAGUUUGUGAAACGAAAAUACUACGAUUUCACGACAUGAUGGCACUUGAUCAUGAUCAUUUGUAGAAAAGAAACAUAAGAAACACUUCUUAGAAGCAAGUAUUGUCCCUUUCGAGGAACGGUUCCAUCUCGCUGAUGGUUGAGGAAAAUCAUUUCAUAAGCGAACCGGGUAUAUCAUCAUUUGAGACGCACUGAUGAUGAUGAUCCUGGGCGCUGUUGCUGUUCUUGGGAAGCACUGAAGCGG